AUGACUUGGCUCUUCUCGCUGAGUCGUUUCCUGGUUUCAAGGAUAUUGUCUUGCUUUGUUGUGAAGGUUUUGGGACUAGUGGUAUUCGCUCUUGUUGCCAACAAGUGCAAAAAAGUAAGAGUACUUGAUCUGAUCGAGUCUGAAGUGGCUGAUGACGAGGUGGAUUGGAUCUCUUGUUUUCCCGAGGGUGAAACCACACAUCUAGAGUCUCUUUGUUUUGACUGUGUGGAGUCACCUAUCAAUUUCAAGGCCUUGGAGGGGAUUGUGCUUAGGUCUCCCUUCUUGAAGAAGCUUAGAACCAACAGACUUGUAAGCUCUGUUAUCCGGGUGAUAAGUGAUGUCUUUUCAGAGUUGAAGGAACACGAGAAGAAGAUCACUGAGAUACUAGAAGAGGAGGAGGCAAGCUUUUGCAAGAGCUUCGAAAAGGGUAUUGAGAAGUUUCAGAAAGCUGCUCAAUUGGGUCAGGAGAAUACUCUGAGUGGGGAGAGACAUGCAUCUAAAUAG